GUGACCUUCACCUCCCUGGAUCUACUGCUUCACACGGAGGCUCUCCUCUCCACCAUAGACUUCCUGUCUUCUGCCCUGUCCUCUGGCAGCCUGCCCCCUUCACCAGAGGAGCCUAAGCAGAAGUCUGAGGAGAGCAGCAGGGCCAUCUCCGCCAAGUCAACGGCUCUAGGUUCUCCGUCGGACGGUGACGUCGUCGACCUGAAGGUGAUGAUGCGGCUGGGGGCGUUCAACGUCCUAGUGUGUGAUCAGAACUGCAACAUGGCUGACAUCAAGAUACAAGGUUUCAAUGGAUCCCUCCUGAUGCAAGGGCCUCAAACCCACAUCUCUGCCCGCCUUCGGGAUUUCAUCGUCAUUAAUGUUGACCCAAAAAGUAUUCACAAAAAGGCCAUCUCUAUCGUAGGAGACGAGGUGUUUAGUUUCAGUAUGAGUCUGACCCCCAAGGCCACAGAGGGAGCCGGCUACGCAGACACCUCCAAGACAGACGGGAAGGUCCAGCUCAACGUGGGCUGUGUCCAAGUCGUCUACCUCCACAAGUUUGUCAUGUCUUUGCUGAAUUUCAGCAACAACUUCCAGACGGCCAAAGAGGCGUUGAGUGUGGCCACGGCCCAGGCAGCAGAGAAGGCGGCCUCCAGCAUCAGGGACUUUGCCCAGAAGAGCUUCCGUCUCUCCAUGGACGUCAGGCUGAAGGCCCCUCUCAUCAUCAUCCCUCAGUCCUCCACCUCACACAAUGCACUGGAGGUGGACCUGGGGCUCAUCACCGUGGGCAACAGCUUCUCUCUUCUUGCCGUGGAGGGAUGUCCACUUCCUGCUGUCAUUGACCACAUGGACGUACAGCUCACACAGCUCAAACUGUCCAGGAUUUACAUGGAAAAAGACUCUCAGCCCAGUACUGAGCUGCUGGAGCCUGUCAACCUGCUCCUAACAGUGAAGAGGAACCUGGCUGCAGCAUGGUACCAGAAGAUGGCCGCCGUAGAGGUAGAGGGAGACCUCAAGCCCAUGAAGGUUGCCCUGAGUCAGGACGACCUAACAGUUCUGUUGAGGAUCCUGAUGGAGAACAUUGGAGAAGCCAGCGGUCUGCCGCCAGACCAACACACCAGCCCCGUACGCGACAGCCCUGACGCACAAGACCACGCCGAUGCUCAAACAGACUACGCCAAAGACGGUGUAGAGAACACGGUUGAACUUCCAGAACGACAGGAAGAAGAGGAACCCCUGGAAACCAUGACGUUUAUCUUCAACAUAGAGUCCCUGGGACUGGUCCUGUACAGCAAUGACCCAAAACAGGUAACGGCUGUGUCUCAACACCAGGAGAGGCUGUGUCUGGGGGAGUUGACCUUUCACCUGAUGAAGGCUUCAGGGAAGAUGUUUAAUAACGGGUCCAUGGAGGUCUCUACCAUCCUCACAGCCUGCACCCUGGACGACAUGAGGACAGGCGUACAGAGAGUUACCUCACGGAUGCUGGGUAAGCGUGACGAGGCGAGCGAGGAAGCCAUGAUAGACGUGGCGUACACGCAGAGCGCCGGCGAGCGCCAGGUGGUGGCGGUGGUACAGAAGCUCUAUCUGUGCGCCAGCGUCGAGUUUCUCAUGGCAGUGGCAGACUUCUUCAUCCAGGCCCUGCCCCAGAGCUCUGCCCAGGACGUGCCCACUAACACCAAGCUCGCCCUGCCAGGCCUGGCCAAGACCUCCCAGCUACCCCAGCUUCGGGAUAGAGCCAACACUGACCCCAGAACAG